CCCAAUCCUAGGCUGUUUCAUGUGUUGGAAUUCACCUUGAAUCUUGGCGAGGGACCUUCACGAUCUCACCACCUCUCUCUCUCUUCCAUUUAUUCGGAACUCCAGAUCACCACAAGACCGUUUCUUUCUUGCUUAAACCUUUCACAACAACCUAAUUCUCUCUCUCUCUCUCUCUCUAGCUUUGUUGGUGCCUAAUCGUUUGUGGUUAUUCCUCCUGUUAUUUCCUUGUAAAUGGGCUGCUGCUGCCGUUGAUGUCUGUGGCUGUCGGAGUUGCAUCGAGUUCUAAGACCAUGGGUUUGGAUGGUGGUAAAGAGGAAGAAACUGUUGAAACAGGAACAAUGCCUGCAGGAAAUGAUGAUCAAACACGCCCAAAGAUUACCAGAAAGAUGAGUGAGGGUUCAAUAUAUGCAACUGAGGAUGAGGAAGAAAGUGAUAUUGAACACAAGCUAGAGUUGGGUCCUCAACUUACUAUUAAGGAACAGCUCGAGAAAGAUAAGGAUGAUGAGAGCUUAAGAAAGUGGAAGGAGCAGCUUCUUGGGAGCGUGGAUAUUGAUUCCAUUGGAGAAACUCUAGAACCAGAUGUUAAGAUCUUGAGCCUUGCGAUUAAAUCCCCUGAUAGAGCUGAUAUAUUCCUACCAAUACCUGAAUCUGGAAAACCUGAAGGUUUGUGGUUCACUUUGAAAGAAGGUAGCCGUUACAGCCUGGAAUUCACUUUCCAAGUUAACAAUAAUAUCGUGUCAGGCCUCAAAUACAUUAACACUGUUUGGAAAUCUGGUUUGAAGGUGGAUAGCGCAAAAGAAAUGCUUGGAACCUUCAGUCCACAGUCAGAACCUUACAAGCAUGAAAUGCCAGAAGAGACAACCCCAUCUGGUUUUUUUGCAAGAGGAGCAUAUACAGCUAAAUCAAAGUUUAUUGACGAUGAUGACAAGUGCUACUUGGAGAUCAAUUACACAUUUGAUAUCAAGAAGGAGUGGCUGGAAACAUCCUGAACUCUGAACUUCACUACUUUUAACUUUGCCCCUGAUACAUUUCCCUUUUGCUCUUUGUGGCCAAGUUUGCAAAAAGGUUACACAAUGGAGCAGCAGCUAGAUGUCUGUUUCUUUCGCGUCUGCCAUUGAAUUUGUAUUUGGCAUGUUGGAUGUUAUUCUUUUAUCUUGUUGGGGACUAUGUUUAUGUUGGCAAUUUAGGAUCAAGUUUGAACCGUUCCAAGUUUUGCUGCUACUGCUGUUUGAUCUUGUCAAUUGCUGAGGUGAUGUUACUUGAGGGUUUGUUGAAAUUGGCAUCCUUCGUCUUCUUGUAUUCGGGGGGAGGGGACUUGCUUUAUUCCACUCUGUUUCUUUCUUCUUUGUGUUAAUUCUUCUGGAAAUUACAAAGUGCAUGGGUGCCUGGCCUCUUUUGAGCUUUUAUAUAAGACCACCUUCUCUGAAACAUCAACGGUGUUUGCUUGGAGGGAAGGCUAUUCAAUCCUCAACUCAUGCUAAAGUAGUAAAGGAGGUGCAUAUCAAAGUAUGUGCAACCUUUAGGGGUACAGAAUGGAAAGAUUACAGAGGUAUGAUGGGAGCCCCGUGGGUUUGAACUUAGAAUUCAGGUUUAGACCAUGAAGCUUGGCCUUAAAGCUUCCCAAAAGGGUAUUCCAAUUGUUUGUUUCAAAUGCAUUAAGGUCAAUUAAUCCCUCUGAAGAACAAGCCAAGCCAGGUAAAUAAGGGCAUGAUUCCCAGAUGGGAUAUUUUUUCCCUUUUCAGACCCUGCAUGUAUUGAUCCAAUACUAUGCUCAAUGCAGCCUUCUAAUUCUACCACGAGUUUGAACUUGUAAAUUUCAAAUAUGACAAUAUAUUCCAAAUAUAUGAAAAUAUUAAAAAAAGAAUUACUAAAAGAUCUCAUAAAACAUCUUAGAAUAAA